GCUCCCCCCCCCGUGCAUCCUGGGAGGGCGCGGUGCAUUGUGGGAGGGCCAGGAGUGGAACGUUGCGUUGUUUUGGGGGUGUAUGGAGAAGAGCAGGAGUAAGAGGCGAGUUCGAAUCCUGAGGCUCCCCCCCAAUUUGGAGCCUUUGUAGGCGGUACUGUAUCAUUCCAUCAUGAUUGUUCUGCCACCUGGGUUAACAGAAGAUGAGGAGGCUCUACAGAAGAAAUUUGCCAAACUCAAGAAAAAGAAAAAGGCCCUCAUGGCCUUAAAAAAGCAACAGGGUUCAACCAGUCAGGCUAUCCAGGGAGGAAUUAAACGAUCCAUCUCAGAUCAGCCAGUCGUCGACACCGCGACAGCCACAGAACAAGCCAAGAUGCUGGUGAAAACGGGGGCCAUCAGUGCUAUUAAAGUUGAGAACAAGAACUCGGGAUUCAAACGCUCUUGGACUCGGAAGGUGAAGCCGAAAGAGACCAAGAAGGGAUCUGCCCCAACUUACCAGCCCUUUCAGCGCAGCGUCUCAGCAGAUGAUGAUUCCCGAGAGGCCCGGCGCCCCCAAAGGAAGUAUCUAUAUGAGAGCUUUGUGAGUUCCAGUGAUAGCCUGCGAGAUCCAGAGAAAGAGCCAGAAGAAGGCAGAGAUCCAGACAAGGAAUCCGAUCAGAGUGAAAGUCUGCAUGGAUUUGAGAGGGACAGUGACCGGGAUCGUAGCCGGGACAGGAGUAGAGACCGGGACCGAGAUCGAGACAGAGACCGGGACCGAGACCGAGAUAGAGAUAGAGACCGGGACCGAGAUAGAGAUCGAGGGCGUGAGCGAGAACGCGACAGAGAAGGCUACCGCCGAUCGGAUUCUUACCCCGAAGGACGUCUCCCCCGCAAAGGGAACACAGUGUACGUGUACGGGGCAAACAUGAAUGAGGCCAUGUUGACCACGGCUUUCUCGGCCUUUGGAAAUAUCAUUGACCUCUCUCUCGACAGUGUCCGCAACUGUGCUUUUGUGACCUACGACAAGAUCGAAUCAGCAGAUCAAGCUAUUGCUCAGCUCAACGAUACUGUCGUGGAAGACGUGAAGCUGAUGGUCAGCAUCGCUCGCAAGCAGCCCAUGCUGGAUGUGGCCGUCGGCAAAUCCGUGUGGGGAACUUUGGCUGUGAUAAACACCGUCAAUGGUUCUCAUCGAGAUAAGCGAGCCCAGGUUAUCUACAAAGAGGACAACUUCUGAAGCGUAGGAAGACCCGUUCCCCCACCCCACCCCCCCCCGGUCCUCUCUCUGCCUUUUCACUUAAAAGAUUCAAAUAAAUGUUGGCUUUUAAAAAAAACCCACACAUUUUGAACCGUGCUAAUUCCAGUUUUAGGAGUGGAGGCUUUGGAAAGCACUGUCUCCUUUUCGGUGUCUUUAAUACAAGCUUGAACCUCAAGGCUUUCCCCAACUUGAAGGAAGACAGGUUGGUUCUCUGAAUACAGGUUCUAUAAAUAUACUCGCGAUUUUUCUAAAGGUGGUUUAGCCGCAGAAAAUGAAGUGAUUGUUUUCAUCAGAUGUUUCGCAGCGGAAAGAAAGGAAAGUUGAGGCAGCCAGGCUGGAAAGAACACUUAGUUUGAUAUAUUUAAAAAAAAGCAAUUUAUCAGCUUCAGAAUUGAAGCCCUUCGGGAGAUGGUGCGGUAUAGAAAUGUAAUUAUAAAUAAAUAAAUAAAAUAAAUAAAUUAGCCAAGCAUCAAGCAGAGUUAAUAAUGGGGAUAAUAUGACAAGCAUCUCCAUAGAAAAAGACCAGCUUGUUUUGAAUCCUAUGAUUUAAGUAUAUAUAAGUCACAAGAGGACUGCAAGAAGAGAAGGUAAAACACCUGUAUGAAAACUAAUCUCCCAACCAAAUAAAUGGGGGAAGUGGAUAUAAAAAAUGAGGAGACACGUAGUCCUCGACUUACAACUGUUCGUUUAGUGACCGAAGUUAACAACAGGAAAACUGAGGGGAAAAAUGUGACUUAUGACCAUUUUUCACACUUUUAUGACAAUGGUCCCCAUGGUCCCUUGAUCAAAAUUCGGAUGCUUGACAAGUGGUUCAUGUUUAUGACGGCGGCAGUGUCUCGGGAGGUCACGCGCUCCCCUUUUGUGACCUUCAGACAAGCGCAAAGUCAAUGGGGAAGCCAGAUUCACUUAACAACCGCGUUACUAACUUAGCCACGGCGGCAAUUCAUUUAACCACUGUGUCAAGAAAGGUCCUAAAGUGGGGCAAAACUUGCUUAGCAAUGGAAAUUUUGGGCUCAAUUAUGGUUGUAAGUGGAGAAUCUCCUGUAAUAGAUUCUGUCAGAAAGUUGAUAAAUCCUAAGAGGACGUAGGUGGAGAAAAGUUAAAAUACGGAAUAUAGUUUUUCUUGUGGGAGAGCUAUAUGUCAGCAUCCGGGCCUGACAAUUGGAAGAAUCCUGUUAUUUUUGAUAGAAAGGCAAGGGAGGUUAGCGUAAAUGGGCAGAGGGAAUGGCUUUGAAACACAGGCGGAAAUGUCUCUACCAUUGUAACAGAUAAGAGGGCCUUGAGUUUGGGCCAAGGAAAUAAUGCGAGAUUACACCUACGCCAAGCCCCCUCUCAACUUCAAACGAAGGUAAAAGUGAUGGGCGAGGGAAGUACAUUCAGACUUGCAAGAGUUUUGUUUGUUUAGCUUUGUUUGUUUACAAUAAACAAUUCUUAUCCCACACGG